AGCAGGCUCCCAGCAGAGGAGCCUGAUGUGGGGCUCGAUCCCAGGACGCCGGGAUCACGCCCUGAGCCGAAGGCAGACACUUAAUGACUGUGCCACCCGGGCGCCCCAGAGAACUCUCUUUGAUGGUGAUACUAGGUUGAAAUCAGAGCUAAGAGAAGAAUCAACUCACUGCUGCUGUUGUUGGUGCUGCUGAGGAAGGCCUGUCCUGCUGCUCACCCCUACCCAGCUUCCCAUUCGAAACCAACCAGCCUGGAGUUCAUCUCAGUAAUCAAUCUGAGUGUCCCUCCGGACUCCUCCAGGGAACAUCGUGCCCUCAGGGUGGUUUUGUUUUCUCUGUAUUUGGUUAAUGCUAAUUGAUGCCCCCGCUUCAGCGGGCAAGCUGUCCACCUUUUCUCUCUUAAUCUAUGGGACUCAGAAUGGGAGUGUGGACGGGAAUGCAACUACAGAAUCGCCCUUUUCCGUGCUCUCCCCUCAUUUAUUUGUCUUCCUUUGUCCCCAUCCCCUACCCCCAAUGACUCUCAGGGCCUGGUUUACAGAAGCAAGCCCAGACCUGAAUAUACAAUUAGUAAUACUAAUCCCCCACAUUUACUAAGCACGUACUAUGUGCCAGCCACUGGGCUAAAUGCAUUCCAUGGACAUUUCAUUUAAUCAUCACACGAACCCAAUGACAUAGCCACAGCCGGCUUCUUCCCGGGCAUCUCCGCUUGGAUCUCCCACAAGUACCAACAAGUCAGCACGUUCAAAAUGGAACCCAUCAUCUUCUUCCCCAAGCCUCCUCCUUCUCCCUCUCAGUGGCUCCAGCCAGAAACCUGGGAGUCAUCCUGGUCUCCUUCUUCCUUACACCUUCACCCAACAUCUAAUCAGUCACCAAGCCCUGACAGUCUUAAAUCUAAAUCUCUCUACACUGCCUCCACUUGUCUCCAGGCCCCCACCCCCAUCCUCUCUCUCUGGAUUAUUGUAACAACCAAGAGAGGAGAGUCAGAAUCAGAGAAGGAGAUGUAAUAAAGGAAGUAGAGCUCAGAGUGGUGAGGGUCGUGAUCCAGGGAAUGCAGGCAGCCUCUAGAAGCUGGGAAAGGCAUGAUGAACACACAUUUUCCACUAGAGCUUCGUAGGAAUGCAGCUCUGAUGAUAUACCCUGAUCUUAGCUUACUGAGAACCACUUUGGACUGCUGAUCUUCAGAAUUGUAAUAUAAUACAUUUUUGUUGUGUUAAACCACUGAGCUUGUGGGCAUUUGUUACAGCUGCAGUGGAAAACUAUGCAGAUUUUGUUCUUCUCUCUCUCCCUAGUACCCAGAACAAGGACGGUCCCAUAGUGUGUGCUCAAUAAUACAUUGGCUGGGGGUAUUGCUUUGGAAAUAUUCUCCUCUUUAUUUUUCUCCUAGCAUUCUGCUCUCCCUCUCCCUACUCUAGCAGCUAGUCCCUCAGUUUCUUUCCUCAGGGAAUAGGUACAAUAGGAGAAGAUGGUCAGAGGGUACCUUCUUUGAGUUUUUAUGUAUUUUUGUAUUUGUAUUUGCCACAGGGUGAAAAAAAAUCAUGGAGGGAAUGACUCUGAAGAAGAAAUCAGCACAAUUUAAAAGAAAGAAGGAUUUCUUCUGAAGAUCAAUAAAACAUUCCUUUAGGCAGGAGCAGGGGCUUGGGAAGGGAGAUGGCAAGACUCCAGAGGGAGGUGGCUAAGUGAUGUGUCUUGGGUAGGCUGGGUGGUCAGGCGCCAUAGAUGGCCUGGCUGAAUGUCUAGUGCCCUCCAGGCAGACAGGGGAAGUGUCUCAGUGAAUACCUGUGUGCAAGGAUUGCUGGAACAGCAGAAAGACAAUAUUCCAGGCUUUGGCAGUGAGUCUCCUGAAAGUUGCACUAUCUCUUUUAACAUUAGCCAAGAUUAGACCCCAGUGACAUGGGACUUUGACAUAGGAAUUAAGUUCCAUUCUAGGAAAAUCAAGUUAUAUUAGUUCUCAUGCUCUUGGGUGUGGAUUGCAAUCCAAACCCACCACAUAUAUCCAUACCUGCAAAAGUCAACUCUGUUACCUUAGUGACUGCCCUACCAUGACUCAAAGCUUUUUCUUGGCUGUGGAAGAAAAAUAUAUUUUAAUAGCCCAUACCACAGCAAGUGUUUUAAGUCCAUCUUGAUUUUUGAAAUGAAAGUUUAGAUCUCUGAGGCUUCUAUUUUGUGUGUCCAUUCAUUCAAUGCGGUCAAAUAGUAAGAUCAUAUAGUGCUUCAGGGCAAGCACUGUGCUGGGUUUAAGUUCCUUGCUCGGUCACUUGCUAGUUGUGACCCUUGUGCAGCUCACUUAACCUCUUUAUGAGAAGGCCUUGAGUUAAACUAACCCAUAGUCUCUCAUCAAGAUUAUUUGGGUGAAUAUGUAUAGAAUACUUCUGUUUGGGUGUGAUGCCUAAUUUACUUUGUGUUGAACUUUUUUAAAAAAACCUGAUAUAUGCAGACAGAUUGAGCUACUGUCCCUUGCCGUAACUGGAGACACAGAGUUGAUAUCUGCCUAUAAAAGCACCUCUCCAGCAGCUCGGGAGCUCGCGUAAGUGCUAGUUGUUAUUAGCCAGUGCAAGCUCUGUUCUAGGUCCUGGAAUGUCAAUGGAUGGAUGAAACAAAAAUUCUGCUCCCAGGGAGCUUCCAUUCAUUUGGGGAAAACAGACAAAAACAGUAACAACAAAACCAAAUGAAUAUUUAUCAGGUCAGGUGAAGGACAAUACACAGGGAUAAAGGGGAUGGGAGCUCCAUUAUAUGGUUAGAGACCCAAAGGAAGUCGGAGAGGAGGGAAGAGCGAGCGGUCCAGGCGCAACAGUCAAGUGCAGGAGCCCAAGGUGGGGCAUCGCCGCGUAGGAGGACAAUAGGAGGCUGGUGUGUUGGGGCCACCGCGCAAAUCAUGGGUGACGUCAGAGAGAUUGCAGGGUCUACCUUGUAGGGGAUGGUAAAGACUCUUGUCUUUGUUCUGGGGUGGGAGACCAUUGGAGGGUUUGAGCAGAAGAGUGACUUGAUCUGACUUAAAGAUGAAAAAGAUCAUGACCCAGCAAGUCCAAUCCUAGGUAUAUACCGCAAGUACUGAAAACAGGGUAUCCAAACAAAAACUUGUGUGAGAAUGUUCACAGCAGCAUGAUUCAUAAUAGUCAAAAGGUGGAAACAACCAAAUGUCCAUCCACCAAUAACAAUAAGUUAAACGUGGUAUAGCCACACAAUGGAAUAUUAUUCAACCAUAAAAAAGAAUGAAGUACUGAUAUGUGUUAUAACAUGAGUGAGAUACAAAAACAUGGUGAGAGAAGCCAGAUGAAAAUGGUCCUGCAGUGUAUGAGUCCAUCGUAUGAGUCUCUAUGGGCAAAUCCAUAGAGACAGAAAGCAGAUUCAUGGUUGGGGCGAGGAAAGGUGGAGAGUGGGCAGUGAUGGCUUAAGGGGUACUGGCUUCCUUUGGGAUGAUGAAAAUGUGUUGGAUCUAGAUAGAGGUGGUGGUUACGCAACAUUUGGAAUGGACUAAAAUCCACUGGAUUGUAUACUUUAAAAUAUUUAAUUUUAUGCCAUAUGAAUUUUACCUCAAUAAAUAAAUAGAAGGAUCCUUCAGGCUGCUGUGUGGGAAUAGGCUGAAGUGGGUGAGGACAAAGACAAGCGGCAUGGUUCUUGCAGUAAUCCAACUGAGGCAUGAUGGCGGCGUGGACAGGCUGCUAGUGGUGGAGGUGGUGAGAAGUGGGGAGAUUCUGGAUAUAUAAUUUAAAAGAAAAGUGCCUCCAUGUCCUCUCUGAGGCUCAGUGCUCAUGGGACCCAAUGUGGUCUAUACCGCCUACAGCCCUUGUGAUUACUCUCAGCUCUGAGUAGGACUGGAUUUAGGAAGCCUGGGUGUUCUCCAUCUUAAGGCAAGUACUGAGACUGAGGAUGAGCCCAGGGAAUGGGGUGCUAAGGGCCACAGAGACAUUUUGCCUGGGACAGUGUGUUGUGAGUCACAUGACCCCCAAUGAAGGAUUACACUCCACUUAAGAGUGGAUAGCAUGUUAAAUCUCCCUAUAUACUGUUUUCUUCCUUCCCAUCAAUAAACUUUGCUUGAGAGAGAACCGAAUGCAUUUACAGGUCUUAAUUGUUCAGAACAGUGAUUAAGCCCCACUUGGUCAAGAUUUUCUUGACUUAGCAGCUGUCCAGAAAGUGACAAAUUUAUGAUUUGAGAGCAAUUUCAUUUUUUUUCCUCCCUGAAUCACACAAUAAUUUGUGGGAAUUAGCCACCUGAUAAGAUAAGGGGUGAGGGUGGAGAGAGGGGGAGGGGAGGGGAGAGGGCAUUCAAUGCCUCUCAGUGUUCCAGGGAGGGCUGUGGAAUUUUCGGAGCAGCCCCGGGACACACUGCAGGGACCAUUAAAGGAUUAACGGGCCCUGGUCGGGCUGGCUGCACAGCGGUGAGGUUAGUAAAUCAUGGGAGGCCGGGUCGUUAUCCUGGGAAUUAGUUCAAGUUGUAUCCGCAGAGACACCAGCUAUCAAUCGGGGUCUCCGAGGAGAACACCAGAACCCAAAGCUGAACUCCGAGACUUGACGGGCUGAGACUUCCAGGUCACAGGCAACUGGGCUCGCUUUCCCUUUCUGGCACAAACCUCCCAAAUCUUAAAUCCCGCCGUCUCUAUCAGCGCAUUUUUGUGGGGCUAAUCCGUUGCAAGUUUAUUUCUCUCCACCCAAUUGUAUUCACUUUGCGCUGAGUUGCAUUAGGGAGAAAAAAUUGCUGGAACAUGAGAAAAAGCUUUAAUUGGAUAAAAAGAAAGUUUUCUUCCACAUUUCUUCCUGCAUUUGUCAACACCUGAGGCUUAGGUUUUUGCCUUUUCUCUUUCUUUGUAUGUAGUUUUUCUUUUUUAUUCAGCGGUGGUGGGAGGGGAGACUUAUUUCAUGUAAACAUGGAACUGUUUAAAAAAAAACAAAAACCCACCCCCAUCCAUCUGGCCUAUGGAACAUGGAGGUUCUUGACAAAGGCAAUAAGUGGAAAUAAAAAAUGUAUUUGAAUUGCUUGCGUUUCACUCCCCAGAUGCCCAGCAAAACGGCAGCAAAUCUUUCCCCCUGACCCUCUUCAGGACAUGUAUUAAUUAUGCUGCCGAGUGAGACUCUGUUUGAGGAAUCUGUCUCUGCGUCCUCGUGGAGUUUGACCGCCAUCUGAAAGAGCAAUUUUGCAGAAAGAGGGGAUUUUCUGUUGCUGGUUUAAGGGCUCUUAGGCCCCUAAUGUGCCAUCGCUGAAGGGGUGCUAACAGACGAGGUGGAAGUGUUCGGCUUGAGUCGAUCAACUAACCUGCUACCAAGCCAAGGUUCUGGAGUCUGGGGUGGGGGGGCUGAUAAAUGCGUCGAGGAACAAGCCCACUGGGGGAAGGAGGCAAGCGCAGUGGCUGAGGAUCUGGACCUCCGCAGGGCCGUAGCCUGGAUGAAGUCUUGGCAUGACCACUUUCUGUCUGUGACGAGACAUCGGGUGCCCCCAAGCCUCAGUUUCUUCAUUCAUAAUGUGAAUAAUGGUACCUUCCAGGUAGGGCCAUUGUGAGAAUCAGGAGACAGUAUCUGUGAAGUGUCUGACAUAGAGUGAGAGCUGAGAACAUGGCAGCUAGUUAUUAUUAUUUUUGUUUUGGGGGGUAAAGGAUUGCUUCCUUUGCUGGGUCCAAGACAAACGCAGCUCAUGCCCCGGGAUGCUCACUGGUUCAAUGCUGGACUGUGCUUUGUGGUUUCUAUCCUAAUCUCAGCUAGUGGAGGGGAAAGAACCCUGGACUUGGGGGCUGAAGACCUAGCUGCCAGCACCUUCUCUUCUGCUAUUGAGAUGAGCAGACCUCGGAAGAAUUCCUCAUCUGCUACAAGCCUCACUUUUCUAAUCUGUCAAGUGGGGCCACUGCUCUGGGCCUCACUGAUAUAAGGAUCAAAAUAGAUAACUAAUCCAUGUGGCUGUGUUGCGUGACCAGAAAGCAUUCUGUGAAUAUGAGAUGAUGGCAGUUGCACCGGCUAAUAAUGAAGUCAUGUGAGCUAUUGAUGUCAUGGACUGUCCUGGUACCCUCUGAUGGCCUUGGUCUCAAGGAGGACCUGGGAAUGAAAGAUAGGAGUGGUCAGAAUGAUCCCGUACAUGCUUUUACUUCCUGGAGGUGGGACAGAAGUGUCACCUUCACCCAUAGAUGCCAAGUAGGUCUUCGCAGGGCCAGUGUCUGUCUUGUAGCAGCUCUGCCUAUAUCACGAAAAUCAUAUAAUAGCUAACCUAAUCACUGCCUUCUCCUACCUCCCCCGGGAGAACCAGUGUGGCGAUUAACCGUCCAGCACAAGCUCAAGGGGACUGGCCAAGGUCACAGCAGAUGGAGUGCCUCUAGUAAAUGUAACUGGCCUCUGUUCCCCAAGGCCAGAGGAAAUGGAGCAGAAGCUGGCCCAAGCCUGUUCUCGACAGCUUGUGGUUUCAUGGGGGGAGGAAAGCAGCAAAGAUAGGCCAGGACUUAAUUCAGAGGAGGGCUUGGUCUCUUUCUUCCCUGCAUGGCUGAGCCCCCUGUAAUAUACCGUGUGAUGUGCUAAGCUCUAUGGUUUUGCAAAAAUCUGCCCUUAGAGCGUUAAAUAAUUCCUGAAUGCAAAGUGCCUUACGUAGUACUUUCAUAUGUUCUACUGGCCACCUUAGCAGAGAGUACAGAUGGGAAGAGAGUCAUGAUUUAAAACAUGAUAGACUGAAUUUCUAUACCCCCCUAUUGGGAUCCACGUGUGCAUGAUCAAAUACGCCCAAAUGUAAGCCUUCCCUGUGAUCCGAACCCAGGUAGAGAAGUGGGGGAGUCGAGUUUAUCACUGUCCUUGCUUAUUUCAGCUCUGCUCCUUUCUGAUGAGGACUCCGCAGAAGACUGGCACCAGCUUCUAAGAGCAGAGAUCUUUGACCCUAAUGCUUUACUCGGUAGACCUCUCCAGUGUAACCUAAAAUGAUCUGAGGAGACCGUUCCAGACUAAUUUGCUCUUUCCUUGUCGGAGGCAAAUUCUUUCAGAGAAACAUUUCCGGGGCACCUGGGUGGCUCAGUCAGUUAAGGGUCUGCCUUCAGCUCAGGUCAUGAUCCCAGGGUUGGCAUUGGGCUCCCUGCUCAGUGGGGAGUCUGCUUCUCCUCUCCUUCUGUCCCUCUGCUUGUGCUUUUUCUCUCCUGUCAAAUAAAUAAAUAAAUAAAAUCUUAAAAAAAAGAAAUACAUCUCUAAAUUAUUCCAUUGCUACCCAGUUGAAUCUUAAAGUCCAGCAACCCUAUAUCUAAAGUGCCCUGAGAUAGACCUUCCGCUAACCUUGUAUGCGGCCCCUUACAUUCUGGUCCACACUAGAGCCUUCUGGAAGUAUUGGUUUCAGUCAGGAUCAAUUUCUCAGAAAGGAUAUUUGCAGUGUCUGACUCAUGGCCAUGAUUUCUAUUUUUUGAAGGCUUAAUUUUUAAGAAGAUUAUUACCAAAGUAAUAUGUUCGCGAUAUAAAAUAAUUCAAAAUGAGGUAUGUAAAACAAAAGGUAAAAAGUAAACUUUUCACUUGAUCCCACUCCCUGCAGGUAUCAAAUAUUCAUUUAUACAUGACAUUUAAAAGAAAAAUGGAAUCAUUCUAUAUAUACUGUCUGCAAUUUAUUUUUUUUCACUUAAAAAUAUCUUGGACAUCUUUCCAUGAAUAUAAAUUUUAGAGCAGGAAACCAGGGUCCAUGGAUCCCCUGGGAGAUCCGUGGAUGGACUUCAAGAGUUCAUGGGCCCUGAAAUUUUAUGUGAAUGCAGAUGUGUGCAUUUUCGGGUUCACAGUGUUCCGUAGGUCUCAAGAGAGUUCUAUCACCCCCAAAACGUAUAAGCAAAAUCACCCCAAUCCUACGUUCAAGGCUUUUCUGUUCUCGCUGCUCUAAAAAUCACAGUUAAACCUUCAGACAUCAUUGUAGAAUUGCCAUUGUGAUCUAUUAGUCUAAUGGUGACUUUUUGAAAUUGCCUUUAAAUGCUGAGUAUCUUCAAGCGUAGAAACUCACUCUCACUCAGUAACUUGCUCAGUAGACCACAUUGUACCUCUCCUUGCUCCGUAAAUUUUGCAGCAGCCUCGAGCCAAAAACAAUAAGAUCUGACCUGGACAAAUCUCCUCGGUAACAACCAUGCUAUUCAUGGGGUCCCUGUGCUGUAAGGCUGCGCGAUGUUCCAGCCAAACAAAACGGGAAUUGAAGAGAGGACAACAGGUAGUCCUUCGUCAGCACAGGUUAACGAUUGUUGGAAACGCUCCUAGCCACCUCCAGCCCUGCAUCAUCACAUGCAGGAAUUACCCUAAUUUGUACGUUUCCUCGUUUACUGUCUGUCUCCAUGGGCACCCCCAGAAUGGAAGCUCCAUCAUCAGUCUUGGUGUGUCUGCAGUUGCCUAAGAAAGCGUCUGGCAAAGAGCAUUUAACCAAAUCAUUUAAAUGAACGAAUAAAUCGAUAAAUCGGGGCGUGAACGCUGCCCUGCCAUCAUCGGUGAGAACCAAACACCUGGACACGCAGGUUGGCAUUUGCCCACACUUCCUAACUUUCCAAAGCCGUGUGAGACACGGGCCCGAGUUCCUAAAGGAGCAACCAAGCUAGAAAGAUGCCUAUUGGAAUUCCUAACUCAGGCCUGCAGGCUCUCAGCACUCAGCGCGCCAGUUACUUCCCAUUGUGGAGGGGUAACAAACACAAACAUCUUUUCCACUCCCUGAUUACAGAAUGGGAGAAUGCUGCUUUUUAAAAUUUUUAACCUCGUCUUCAGUUUUCGGAUGACAAAAUGCACCAGCGUGUACCAUGCAAUGAUUUCACCCUCUAACACAAGCGGAAGGGGUCGAGGGCAGACAUGAAGCAGCUGCUAGGCUAUUCGUUGGCACCCUGACCCUGUUCCGACCCAAGACGGUCCGCAGCCUGUCCCCUCGGCCUGCCCUGCAGCCCGGAGCUAGGUAAGGCAGCCAAGGCUCUGGAGGGAGACGAGGCCGCCCCCUGCCCUCCGCCGCCCCCUGCCCUCCGCCGCCCCCUCUCUAGCGCAGCCUUGUCGUUUCUUGGACUAAUAAACCCUGAGCCAGUAUUGGAUCCCACAAAGCAAGAUUGCGGUUAUCUGGGUGGAUGGGCCUGUCACGGGGCCUGUAGACAAACCGCAGCCAGGCUGGGCCGUGCUGGAUCAUUAGUCACCAGGACAGAAGUUCUGCAGCAGGUCAACCCCAGGGCCAGUCCAGCUCUGGCCUCAGACAAGGCCCCAGGAGGACAGCUCAUUAUUGUUCUCAGAAACUCACAGUCAAGCCUUCCCGUUCCUUUGGGAGCUGGCGGGGGGCGGGGGGGGUAGGUGAAUAAAUAAAUCUCUUGCAUCUGUGUGCAGUGCCUCUCACACUCCAACGUACAUAGGAAUUCUCCUACGGAGGGUGUUAUAAAAGCAGGUUACCCGGAGAUUCUGAUUCAGCGGGUCUAGUUCUAAGAUGACCCUUAACAUUGACCCAUGACCACCCUGUGACUAUGUGCACUGCAUCCCUGACAUUGGUUUCAUGCUCUCUAGGCAUCGCUCCCCUACAUCCCACCCAGCAUUCCCUGUGCAGGAGGCUGGACGCCGGGGAGAAGGUCUGGGAUUCUGGCACAUUCAGGACUUGCCUUGUUGCUUCGGGGGACAGAAGGCAACGUGCACUGAGCAGCACGGGGACCAAGGAGCUUGACAGCAGAGCCUGGAUCCCCCCGGGGAAUUGUGAGACAGGUCAGCCUCUCAAGUGACACUAUGGAUAGUAAUCACAAUGGUUACCAUUAAUCGAGCCCUUCCUCCCGCUGGGUACUGUGCUGAGCGGUUUCUGUGCCUCCUUAUGUAAGGCAAAACCCCUACAUGAUGGGUUCCAUCAUUACGUCCAUUUUACAGACGAGGUACUGAGAGGUUAAGUGACUUUCCAGUCCAUAUGCCUACGGAGACUGUUCAGUGUGGGCUGAGGCCCAGCACCAAUGAUGUCUGUGAUGGCUUUACAAAUAUGGUCACAUGUGUCGGUUCUCUUCCUCUCAAGAGGUGGAGUUUCAUCCCUGUCACCUUCUGUGUGGCCUUCUGACAAACAGACUACAGCAGAUGUGAUGGCAUGUCACUUCUGGGGUUACGUGUAAAAAGACUGUGGUUUCCGUCUCAGGUGAAGCAGUAGGACAUGUAAGCAGCCCUCUGGAGAGGCCCACGCGGCGAGGGCCCGGAGCCACCUGCCAACAGUAACCCCAUCACUAGCUAGCCGUGGGCAUUGAGGGAGGAGCCCGUGUUGUUUCCCAGUCCCUAGAUGGUAGCACACGUGGCAAGGGACCGUUACUCUUUCAAACAAUUCCUCUUGGCCUCUGUCGAGCCACAUGCCAGGAUUCUUGGGAGUGCUUCGCCCAGGUCAGGAACACUACGGAAUAGUUUGAGCAGGCCUGCUCCAAGACAGCAAUCACCAGCUAUGACCUGUUGGGUUUCGAGGUUGCUUCCUAGGAAGGUCCAUUCCUUGGGCACGUCACGAAAGAGCCAGAGAGUUAUGGAUUGUCAUCGACACCAUGAGGCCUAUGGGUACUUCUUACCCAUCCAGACGAGAUGGCAGGACAAUGACCAGUACGGCCACGUGAACAAUGCCGUGUACUACAGCUACUUUGACACUAUUAUCAACCACUACCUGAUCAGAUACUGCGGCCUGAGAACCGGCUUGCUGACGUCCCCCAUGGUGGGGUUCAUGGUGACCAAUCGAUGUACCUUCCACACGCCCAUCAGCUUUCCUCAGGUCCCAGUGGCUGCUUUGGCUGUGGAGAAAGUGGGUCACUCCAGCGUGCAUUACCGCCUGGCUCUGUUCCCACCUAAGGCCACGAAGGAGCUGCCUUCUGUAAAUCACUGGGACCUCAGUGAUGGCUUUUUCUUUGGCCACCCCAAGCUGGCCCAUUUUGACUCUUCAGCCUGUACCACCGGAUCUUCAGUCCAUGUCUUUGUGAAUCCAGCCACCAGCAAGCCAACGGGCCUUCCAGAAGACUUCAGGGAGGGCCUCCUGAGACUAAUGAGCCCAGCUUCUGUGUGAAUCAUCGGUAUGUGGCAUUUCGCCUGUCAGAAAAUAAAAUUCAGAUGAAUUUCUAAACGAUUUGUUUAGAUUCCUUGGC